GGGUGACAGUUCCGAACCGACGCUGUCACAGUCCAUUCACCAUGAGGGUGGUCUCGCUUCUGCCUCUGUCGGCGCUGCUGCUGACGCUCGGGGUCUCCCGCUGUGUCGGUCAAUUCAUGCGCCAUGGGGAUGCGGGUCAGAUGAGAGCCGCGAUGGGCGUGUCAUCUGCCGACUGCGAUGAUGCUCAGACUGGCCUAGAGAUGGACUGGGACGGCUCGGCUGACGAGUACACCUGCUCUGCGGAGCAGUCGGGCGCAGCCAGCGGCACCGGCUCGGUACUGGAGAGCAAGCUGGAGAGGAUGUGCCUCGAGGUGCCAGCCGACUUCCAGCCGGAGCAUAUCUGCAUGAACGUCUCCAUUGAAUACACGGAAACCAUUCCAACUACGGUGAAUCACCGACCGCUUUGGGCCGUGUAUGGAGAAUACACAUACCUUCCGCCUCAGCGGUGGACCCACAACAUUGAGCACGGCGCGGUUGUCAUGCUGUAUCACCCGUGCGCCGACUCUUCCGAGGUGGACAAAUUGAAACAACUGGUGCGUGGCUGCAUCCGCAAACACGUCAUCACCCCCUACAACAAACUGCCAAUGGAACAGCCGCUGGCGCUGGCCACCUGGGGAUGCCACCUCCACAUGGCUCAGGUGGACGAGGCUGCCGUCCGCAGCUUCAUCAGGGAGACGGCUCUACAGGGCACGGAGGGCCACCUCAGCCGGGAGGGCCAGUACGACUACAUGCUGGUGCAGAAGGCCCAGCCGCCGGUCGGAUCUGACAUCGACGACUCUGUCCUCUGCCCCAACCAGCCGUGAGCUGACCGCGGCGGGGUCACUCUGUGGCGUGGGAGACAUGCCAUUGGGCGACACGCACCAGAUAGAAGAUGCCGUAGGGAUACAUAAAUAUAUCGGCAGCUUAAUUGGUGUUGGACAAUAUUUUA